AUGCCUAAACAAAAAACCAACCAAGGACCUUGUUCUAUUCACAAUUGUGACAAAGAAUCUACAAUAUUUAGAAGUUUAACUGAUAAUGCUUUUGCAAAAGCAUUAGCUACAGGAACUCUUCAACAAUAUUCAUAUUUGCAAAUAGAUCAACAAAUUUGUAAUGCUCAUUAUAUGGAAAUUGUUGAAAAUCCUUGGAAUAAUUUUAGAAAAAAUUAUCAAAAUAAUAUUAGUUCAGAUAAUAUUAUUGAAAAUAAUAACUCUAUUGAUCCAUUAUCGCAAUUAUCUCUUGCUGAUAAAAUAAAAAAAAUGACAACUAUAAUAUAUAAUAGACAACGAAAAGAAUCAGCUACUCUUGGUAGUAUAAAAAGUUACCAUAUAUAG